ACUAUUUACUCUGUUCAUUUAACGGACUUCAGUGGUUUUCUGUGUGUCUGGUGCCAGUUAAGUUUCGUUUUAAUGCUCAGCUCGUAGGUCCCUCACGUUACACCUGCUUGAUCAUUUGUUGAGCGCGUUAAGCUUAUUCUGUGUGCUUGGCAGGGGUAUUAUCAUGCUAAUUAGGCGAGUUUUUUUUUUUUAAGUUUAAAAACUUGGGUAAAACCCUGUAUGCAGGAUUAAACUAAGAGACGAAAGUUGUUCCCCUACUCUCUCAUAGCUUUCAAAUUUGUUCUCUGGCGAUAAUGUGCUCGCCUCCUAAAUUAGAGUACAAUAUGCAGUCUGUAUAUUUAUAAAGUGAUUUUCGGAGAGGGUUUAAUACCCGCCCCGGUCCUGAUCUGCCCGGCGCCCACAAUGAGGGGCCCUGACGUCACUCUGUCUCCUCCCUGCUCCACCUCCAGCAGCGGAGCGCUUGUCUGCGGCGUGUGUGUUUGGUGGGUCUUUCACGCUUAGUUCCGUGGGGCUAGAAGGCAUCCAGGAGAAACAUGGCUGCCUGUACCAUCGACAAGCCCGAACCGGGAUCCGCACCAUCUAGCAACCAGAGAGGCGCCUGGAUUUGCGAUAAGUCUGAGAGGACCGGAGGCCUGGAAGCUCCGAAGCGGCAACCCGGUGGUGACAGCGAAGCGAUACAAAGGGACCGUGCGGAGGAAGAGAGCGUCAAACUUCUGGCCGUCCCAGACUCAUCUGGGGCAGGAGACGGAGACGGAGACGGCGAGCGAACGGAUCGCGAUCCGGAGCGUCCGCGGCAAAGCAGGAAUGCGGGGAUCUCGGCCAUCUGCACCGGCGAUGGGGCGGAGAAGGAGGAACAAAGGAAGGAGGAGGAGGAGGAGGAAUGCUCGCUCGGAGGCGGUGAUGCCGCGGAGAAGCGCAGCGUGACGGGGAGCCGGCAUGACAACACAGCCGCCGGGGCUGAAGUGUCAUCAUCCCCACCAUCAUCCGGAGGGGAUCCCCCAACCCGCAGGGGCUCCGAGGACAGCACCCUAAUGGAGGUGGAGAGCACGGUGUCCAGUGGUCGCUCCACACCGGCCAUGCUGACCGGCAUCCUGGGCGGUCCCGGUCCGGCCGCAAACCCCGCCUCCUCGACCAAAGGCCCCGCCUACCCCUGCUGCUGGGACCGCUGCCUGGAGAGCUUCUGCUCCAGCCCCGACCUGGCGGAGCACAUCCGGGGCAUGCAUGCGGACAGCCAGCGCGGCGGGAUGUACGUGUGCCUGUGGAAAGGAUGCAAGGUGUACAACACCCCCUCCAGCAGCCCCAGCUGGCUCCAGAGGCACCUGCUGAGCCACAGCGGGGACAAGCCCUUCAAGUGCGUGGUCGCCGGCUGCAAUGCCAGCUUCGCCUCCCAGGGGGGUGUGGCUCGCCACGUCCCCUCCCACUUCAGCCAGCAGAACUCCUCCAAGCUGUCUGGCCAGCCCAGGGCCAAGGAGGAGUCGCCCUCCAAAGCCGGCGUGCGCCGGCGGCGGCUGAGGGCUCGACACCACAGGUCCCUGCCACGCCCCCAUGACUUCUUCGACGCCCAGACUAUGGACGCCAUUCGGCACAGGGCUAUCUGCCUGAACCUGGCCACGCACAUCGAGAGCCUGGGCCACGGCCACAGCGUGGUCUUCCACAGCACGGUCAUAGCCAGGCGAAAGGAGGAUUCUGGGAAGGUGAAGGUUCUGCUCCACUGGACCCCUGAGGAUAUGUGAGUAGUGAUGAUGCCUGGGGGCGGCGCCGUCCUCUAUGUUCAGGGUGCCGAGAGCUCUGCUGUGUCUCUGAGAGAGACUGACAGAUGCGGCACGCUUAGCGAUACCCCCUCCGAGAUGAUCGGGAGGGUCGGGGGGUGUGAGACAGAGUAGGGAGGGGGCUUAGCUGAUGUAGACGUGCACUUUGUUACUUCUGCCAUGACUGGGAUUCCUGUUUGAUCUGGGGAGGGUCUUCCUCAUAAAUUUAUAGACCACCAAGAAGUCAUCCUCCCCCUGACCGUAUCAGCACAACAGGCUCUUCUGUGUGCUGGGGGGCUGUCUUUCUGCUCUGAGCUGUUCAUUGAGGGGGGGGGGUGGUCUCAUUUGGGUUCCUGUGAGGUCGAGCUCCAGGCCCUCCACACUGUUUUACGAGGAGACGUGUGAGCCCCCCAGGAGCCGCUGUUUGACGUCAGGCCAGGAGCCCCACGCCAGGUCCCCGCCCCCCCAUCCCCCCACCGUGGGCCGUGGGGGUUUGGCUCGCGGUCUGCGGACAAGGCCGGUGCCAGCUGGAGGCCGCGCUGCCGGGACGGGUGUCCGGCCAAGGCCAUUAAAACUGCUCACGGUGCGAGCCCCCCCCCCCCCCUGCCCCCACUUGGUUGGGUCUCCAUUCCGCAGGCUUGUUUUCUGCUUUUUCUGAACCAAGUUAAUUGUCUCCCAUGUCAGGUCAGGUCAGUCCGCGUCAAACAAACUUCUGACCUGUGUAUAUAAGCCACCCCCCAGCCCAAUACCCCCCAUGUUUCCAUGCAGUGUGAACGCAGGCUUUGCUUCUUCACGGGAGCUAUACCAUGAAGUCAGCUCAUGUGUUUGCCAUAUUUUCUGCAGGCGAUUCUGUGGUCACGUGAAAAUCCAGACACUUCCAAGUCUGUUCUGUUCCUGACUCGGCGUAUUGAGGUGGGACAGCGUUCUCUCUCCAGAACAGAACCCCCCGCUCUGUGCUAAUGGGUCCGAUUCGUCACGGAGGGGCAGCGUCCUUUGUCCCAAUAGAUCAUGGUGCCCCAGGCACCCACCGGGUUUUCACCUUCUUUGGUCUUUAGCUGUAAGAUUACUGUUUCUGGAGGGUACAGUAAAUCACACUAGGAUUUCUGGGUGAGCACUGUGUGUCUGCAGUUUGGACUGUAGGGGGCACUCUAUCUCAGUUUACAUUUCAGCAUCCUUGUUAUCAUCUGAGUUCCACUUCAGAUUUGAGUUUCGUGGUUUUUCCAUGAAGAUGCAACUGCUCGACAUCCUCGCCACAGAACGUACCGAGUCAGAACCGCAAACCCAGCAGGCCGUUAUGCCUGGUUCAGGCCCCCUUUGCGCCCCCCCACGCGAGCCAGUCAGUGCCUGUCAGUCAGGAGGUGUUAAUGUGUCCUGAUCGUCUGUGAUGUUUUAUCUUAACGGCGCUGUGGAAGACUGGCUUCUCCAGAGACCGCAUUUGGAAUAUGAAAUUUCUGGGUCACCGAACAGCCAAACCCAAAUGCUCCUGUGUGGAAAGUAAAUAUUCAUAUUUUUAUUUUUUGAUUUUUAAAAGUUUUCAGUGGGGGGAGGACGUUUGGUGAUCAGAGCCAGGGAAGCGUGCUCUGGAAUAAGGUGGUGUUGGGGGGGGUUGGUUCCUCUGGUCGAGUCUGACGUGAGUGUUGGUAGUGUCCAGUGAAACCAGAGUGUCACCCCCUGAUCCACGUUGCUAUGGAACCUCAGAUCAGCGACGCUGGUGCGAGCCGUGGCCACACCCCCUUAUGUCUGUGACCUCAUUCGCAGUGUGUAGAUGUCACUGUCAGUCUGCCAUGACUUUUACCAAAUUAACCCUCCCCCUCCUUGCCGAUUCGCUAGCAUGCUGCCUCUAUCGCCCCCUGCUGCUGCGUAUGUGGUGGUGCUGCUGCACUGUGUGUGUGUCCCUGGAAUGAGGACAGGCGUCAUGCGGAGGAACCCCCCCCCCGAUCCAGUCCUGACUGAUCCCCUGCCAGUAUGCCACACUCGCUCACUCACGCACACAUGCGCUCACUCACGCACGCACAUGGUCUGUUUUCUCCCUUUUCCUCACACGCUG